AUGCCGCGCGCGGCUUCCCGCGGUCGCUCGCUCAGGGUGUACCCCGGAGCAUCAGUGGAGAGAGUGGCGGCGGCUUUAUCUUCUGACCUCGGGUCGCCCCGAGUGUUGGGCACGAAAGGUCUGCGGGCUCUGAAAGCUGGGGCCUCUCCUUGGCAGCGCUCCCUGUCCUCGGGCGAAGGAGGAUCGCGCGCUGCAGCCCCAGCCCUAACCGGGACGACCUCGCCCCGAGGGCGCCCCCAGCCCGGCUGCGGAGCUCGGGGACAGGCCCACCGAAUAGUGACAACUCUGAGGGGACGGGAGAGCCACUCUUUCCCUCCAGAUGCCAGGGCUGCGGGUAGGAGGGGCGAGCCAGCAGAGGCUCCCUCUUCCUCACGAUUCCGGGCUGUCUGCCCACGGGGCACGGCCCUGGACGCGGUGCCACGAGGGCCAUCACGCUGGGUUAGAAGGAGGCCCGACCCCGGCUCAGCGAAGAAAACAAACACAGAUGUGUUUGCCCGGGACCAGGAGGGAGAAAAAUCGCCCCCUCUCCCUCGCCUGCGCGCUCCCCCGGGGCGUGGGGCCGGCGGAAACCUGCUGGGCUCCCGGGGCAGCGAGGAGCCGGGCGACGCGGACGGUCCCCGGCCGGCCCCUCCUCCCUCCGCGGGGUGCGCGUCGGGCCCAGCCCCCUCUCCGGGGUUUCCCCGGGCGCUCUCCUCGCUUCCCUUUGUCUCCGCUUCUCCUUCUCCGGCGCCCCGGUUCCCACCCGCUCGUACCCUCGCUCUCUCCGGGUCCCCGGCCGCUUCCCUUUAA